GCUUCCCUAAAACGAGAGAAAUCCACGCGGUGACUGAACGUUCGGGACUGAUUAACAUAUCGAGUCUAAUCGGAUCAGACCGAUUAUCCCGAGGUUUUACGUUUACGGUGUACAUAUAUGUCUUUGUACUUCUCCGGAACUGAACGUUCGGGACUGAUACACCCUGUUCCGAACUAGAGCCGACCCCUCUCUCUCUCCCCCGCUUGAUGCUAUGCUUAUUGCUAGGAGUUAUUGUUUCUGGUUUUCUAUUUCGACCUAGAAGCAUCCCUAUGGAAUGUGGCUUUUGCUUUCAUUUGGCAAUGGGUUUAUCAUAAACUGGACUAUUAAAAUAACUUCAGAAACCAGAAUGGGUUCUUGGUCUGGGUUCGGGGGUGGUGACGAUGCUGGGAAAGGAAACAAUAUGAACAAUGAUGAAAAAUGGUGGUUACCCAUUGUCGAGGUUCUUCCAAAGAGGCUCUCUGAUGAUCAAGAAAAUGGCUGCAAUUAUUGAAGGAUUCUGUGAGUCAAGUAUUAAAAGCAGCGACGGUCAUAAAUGUUCAAGUUCUAUCAAAAGGGAAGCCAGAGAACUAAAUUAAACCCCUCCCUAAGGUAAGGGGAAAAGGAAGAAAUAAAGGCCACGUUGAGAGGUCUGACAUGGAAAGAUGAAGGUGAAGAGUUUCUUGAAUAAACAAGGAAUAAAUUAUUGUUCUGGUCAUGUAUGCUAUUACCGGUACAACAUACUUAAGGAGUUCUCAAUUCUGUGUGAUAAGUCUUCCUUGGAAAUAAAUGGGAACACUGGUCUCUCUGUGGAUGUGGAUAACCAAGAAAUCUUGAGAAAAGAGGAGGGUGCAAUAGCUGGAGUAGAUGAUGUUUGCCAUAUCUUGGCAAGUACCCCUUGGGGACCUGCCUUGGAAAAUGCCCUAUUGAAGCUGUGUGAAAAACCUCAACCGCAGUUGGUAACUGGAGUUCUAGGGAGACUGAAGGAUUUCAAUUUAGCAAUAAACUAUUUUCGAUGGGCUGAAAGGAAAACGAACCAAGUACAAAGUCCUGAAGCAUAUGAUCUACUGCUAAGAAUAAUGGCUAGUAGUAAAAACUUUGACAGCUUUGAGCAUAUUCUGAUGGAAAUGAGUCUUUCUGGAUUUGGGCUGUCAAAUAAUAUCUGUAUUGAGUUAGUCACAAGCUGUGUGAAGUCCCGGAUGGUGAUGGAAGCUUUCAAUCUGAUACAAACCAUGCGGAAGUUAAAAAUUUGUCCUGCAUUUUCUGCUUAUACAAUUCUAGUUGGUGCUCUGGCUGAGAUUCAUGAACCUGAUCUUGCUCUCACCCUCUUUCAUCAAAUGCAGGACAUAGGCUAUGAAGGGAAUGUGCAUUUGUUUACAACUCUUGUCCGUGCUUUUGCCAAGGAGGGCCGGAUUGAUGCAGCACUUUCUCUGUUAGAUGAAAUAAAGAGCAACUCUUUUAGUGCAGAUAUUGUUCUUUACAAUGUUUGUAUUGACUGCUUUGGUAAGGUUGGUAAAGUGGAUAUGGCUUGGAAGUUCUUUCAUGAGAUGAAAGCUCAAGGUCUUGUGCCUGAUGAUGUUUCCUAUACUAGCAUGAUAGGGGUUCUUUGCAAGGCUAAUAGGCUGGAUGAAGCAGUUGAGCUGUUUGAGCAGAUGGAACUGAACAGGAAUGUCCCAUGUGCUUAUGCUUAUAACACCAUGAUCAUGGGCUAUGGCUCUGCUGGAAAGUUUGAUGAAGCAUAUAAGUUACUUGAAAGACAAAGGGAGAAGGGGUGUAUCCCAAGUGUGAUUGCAUAUAAUUGCAUCCUUACUUGCCUUGGGAAGAAGGGGAGAUUUGAUGAGGCUAUUAGAAUCUUUGAGGAGAUGAAGAAAGAUGCAAUGCCUAAUCUCUCGACCUAUAAUAUUCUCAUUGACAUGCUUUGCCGGGCAGGGAAACUUGAGGCAGCUUUUGAGAUUCAGAAUUCCAUGGAAGCUGCUGGUCUGUUUCCUAAUGUAUUGACUAUGAAUAUAAUGGUUGACCGGCUUUGUAAAGCUCGAAAGCUGGAUGAAGCUUGCAGUAUCUUUGAAAGCAUGGAUGAGAAAGGCUGCACACCAGAUGUGGUUACAUUUUGUUCUUUGAUAGAUGGCUUGGGUAGACAAGGUAGGGUUGAUGAUGCUUACAGGUUGUUUGAGAGAAUGUUGGAUGCAGGCAUGAUUGCAAAUGCCGUUGUCUACACAUCCCUCAUUAGAAACUUUUUCAAAUGUGGAAGGAAGGAAGAUGGACACAAAGUUUACAAAGAAAUGGUCCGCAGAGGAUGCUCUCCUGACCUAACGCUUCUUAAUACCUACAUGGAUUGUGUUUUCAAGGCUGGUGAAACUCAUAAGGGUAGAGCUUUGUUUGAGGAAAUCAGGACCAGAGGUCUUGUUCCAGAUGUGAGGAGCUAUUCUAUUCUAAUCCAUGGCAUUGUGAAAGCUGGCCAUGCACGGGAGACCUAUAAAUUGUUUUAUGCAAUGAAAGAACAAGGCUAUGUUCUUGACACCCUUGCUUACAACACAGUCAUUGAUGGGUUCUGCAAAUCAGGUCAAGUGAACAAAGCUUACCAGUUGCUGGAGGAAAUGAAAGCAAAGGGUCAUCUACCCACGGUGGUUACGUAUGGGUCAGUUAUUGAUGGGCUUGCGAAGAUAGACAGGCUUGAUGAGGCAUACAUGCUCUUUGAAGAAGCAAAAUCAAAAGGAAUAGAACCAAAUGUAGUUGUAUAUAGCAGUCUUAUUGAUGGAUUUGGGAAGGUGGGUAGAAUUGAUGAGGCAUAUCUAAUCAUGGAAGAGUUGAUGCAGAAGGGUUUGACACCUAAUGUGUAUACAUGGAACUGUUUACUUGAUGCAUUGGUUAAGGCAGAUGAAAUUGAUGAAGCCCUUGUUUGCUUUCAGUCCAUGAAAGAUUUGAAAUGCAAUCCUAACACCAUCACUUACAGUAUUGUGAUAAAUGGUUUAUGUCGGGUUCAGAGGUUCAAUAAAGCCUUUGUUUUUUUGCAAGAGAUGCAGAAGAAAGGAUUAAAGGCUAAUGUCAUCACCUAUACCACCAUUAUUUCUGGACUUGCUAAGGCGGGAAACAUAAUGGAGGCUAGUGGGCUCUUUGAGAGGUUUCAGGCAAGUGGAGGUAGACCUGACUCUGCUAGUUACAAUGCUCUGAUAGAAGGGUUGAGUAAUGCUAAUAGGGCAAUGGAUGCAUAUGGUCUUUUCAAAGAGACUCGCUCAAAAGGUUUUAACAUCCAUACAAAGACAUGCACUGCUCUUUUGGAUGCAUUGCACAAGGUUGAAUGUAUUGAAGAGGCAGCAAUAGUAGCUGCUGUGUUAAAGGAAACGGCUAAAUCUCGGCAUGCUACAAGGUUGUAGAAAUAUCAUUUGAAAAAUUUCCAUCUUGUUGAAACUUGGAGGGAAUAAGUUCUUUCCCCAUACAUGGGACUUCCUAGUGGCACAAUUGCUCCUUGAGGAGGCAUUUAGUUACCUAAUUAAGAUUGAAUUACAAGGGUUUAUGCACCUGACUUUCCAAACAUCAUAUGAACAAUUAAAAAAAUAUGUGGGUAACAAAUACUUUCCUGUAAAAAGCUUUCUGUUCAAAAUAUCCUGUUGGAAUUUACACUCAUUAAAAGAAACAAAGAAUAAGAUUUCUAAAUUCCUUAAAAAUGUAGGACCAUAAAAAGCCAUUAAGGAACUACCUAUCCUUGGUGUAUAUUUGUCCCUUAAUAUACCAAGAGUCUAUAUUCCUCCUUUUAUAGUCUCAUGAAUGCACUCUAUUAGUUAUUGCAUUGUAGUAUCUUGUUUCGAGUGUAUUGGUGAUUUGCAUCUAUUCCAAGCUCAUGCUUUGUUGAUGCAACAUGUGAAAAAGCAAAAACUUGUAAACUUAUAACCACCAACCUGGCAUUGGAUGGAACCAGAGUCUCCCAGUCAUAAUGAAUUUUAUCACUUACUUUUAUAUGAUACAUUGCUAUAUCUUCAUAAGAAUGGCUUAUAUUUUACUACAACAAAUAUAACAAAAACUAAGGCCCAUUCGGCCCAAUCUCUCUAAAGUAUCAAAGUCAGAAAAGUUAAACGUAGGGUUUUUCCUCUUUAUUCUAGACAGUAAGGAGGUAGAGGAAGUUUUGGAUUGUACCAAUAAGGUUAAAUCUCCGGACUUAAGGUUGAGUAGGUGGAAUCUACUGGUCGGAGCUAUAUGCAAAGUGGGUUUUAAAAGCUUGGUUUGGAUAAAUGUCUUUGACAUUUCUCUUCACAUUUGGUGUUUAUAGACAUUCUGUGUAGUGGGGGAUACUUGUGGGAGCUUUAGGAAAAUUGACCCUUGGACAAAUAGGUGGAAGAAUUUGACAAUGGUGCUAAUUCUUGUUGAAGUAGUAUAAAUUCAUUUGGUCCAUCAUCUUUGAUGUUGAGCUUUGCCAGUGAGGGGUAUGAACUAAGAUUAGUAGUUGAAGGUUGCCUGCCUUUGCAUUGUCUCGAUGGUUAUGCGAAAGUGGAGUAGGUUCAAAGGUGGGAGAUGAAAGGUUAUAAUUUGAUUUGGGGGAGUCAAAAGGUCAGGGGGUGGGUGCCAGGAGGUUGAAAAUAAGGGUUUUUAGGAAUUAAAAGCAUUAAUGAUGUUGAGUAGGGUGGGUGCCUUGAAUUACGUUUUGGUUUUGGAGUUAAAAGUAAGGAGACAAAGGGUUGUGAGUCAGGCUUGGGGUUUGUCAAUUGGGUUGGAGUCAAAUCAGGUUUUUGGUUUGGGUUCGGGUCAGAUGGUUAAAAAGGGAGUUUCAAAUCGAGGUGGGUUUGACAUUUCAGCUAGGCUGAUCAGGGUCUUCAUUUGAUCCCCUUAGAAUUGAGGUGGGUUGUGUAGGGUUAAAGCAAGUUUUCCAGAGAAAUUCUUAAGUGUGCUUAUGAUGUCACUAGGCCGCUGUUCUUUGUUGGCAUGGUUGAUGUGCCAUUGAUGCCUAGGGGAGAGGUUAGCUGGGGCUUUUAAGUGUUGCUGAGGAUCAGGGGAAUUGUAGUGACUGUGUAGGGUUUCUUACUCCUGGGGAUUCAGAUAUAUCGAAGGAGAUGGUGUUUGAGGAGACGAUGACGAGUUCCUCGACUUCAAGUGAGACCUUUGGAGUAAUUGGGAGCGAGAAAACUGAUCUGGUGGUUGGUGAGAUUAAUUUCGCUUCUUUUGAACGACCUGGGGAGGGGUGGCAGUCGUUUUGGGUUCAAUUGAGGUUUCCAAUCUUCCGGAGUUUGGGAGAUUGAUGAUAGAGGAACUGGUAAGGUUAAAUGUUAAAGGAGGUUUUAGUGGCGGUCAAGAGGGAGAAGACUUGGUGGAGGGGGGUUGAGUAGGAGGAUGUAAGUCUUUUUCGAUGUUGAGAAAGGGGUUUCUUAGUUUUGUUUGAAUGAUUUGCUGGAGGCAGUGCAGUUGGCUAGCGAUGGGGAAGUUGUGGUGAAGAACCAACAGUUUGAAGCUAAGGUUAGGGGUGCGGAGGUCAAAGAAUCAAGAAUUUUUGUUGAAGUUUCUAUUGGAAGUUUGGGCAAAUAUUUGGGUAGGAAGAGGUUGGAGAGUGGAAAGUUUAAGGUUUUUAAAGAAGAUAAAGUAAAAAAUAAAACUUCUGUGAUUUCAAAAGAUGAAGGGUCCAAAAAAUAGUCAAUUGGUACAUCUAACAGAGAUUUCCUCUCGGUCAAAAGAAGGAAUUUGUGGGGCUGGUCUUCCAAUAAAUUUAAAAGUGUAUAUUAGGAAGAAUAUGAGAUAAAUUAGGCAAGGUUAAGCAAAGCCAAGGAUUUGGGUUGAAGGAGCCUGAGGUUAUCUUCGAUAGUCAAGCGGUUUCUGGUUGUUAAGUUUUUGAAGAAGAGGCGGGGAAAGAGGAUACUGAGUACUGACGUAAGGGUGGAGUUUGAGGAAAAUUCAAUUGAGUCUUUUGGGAUCAGAAAAUAUAGAACAAAAUCUAUUGAAGAACUAGAAGGAAAAGGAGGAGAGGCCUCAGGUGAAUCUCUUUAAGAGAGGGACGUGGAAGUGGAUGAAACUCAUGUUGUGCAGGGUAAGUUUCUGGAAGAGGUGCUUAACAAGGAGGUGGAGCUGAGUAAAAUCUUAGGGUUAUUCUUCGUUGGGGGUGAGGAAUUUGCAAGAAAAGUUCUUAGAGAAAUUGAAGAGAAUGGAGGCCACUUUUCAAAGAGGAGAGGGACAAUUGUAGGAGGGUAAGAUGGUUCUAUUUGAAGCUAGUCUCUUCUUGGCUUUUUGUAAGUGGUGGGAAGAGGUGUUUGAAGUGUGGGGUAAGGUUGAGAGUUUGAGGGGAUUCUCAUUGUAAGGUUUUUAUGGGGGUUGUUUCUGUUCUGUUUUGGUGGGUUAUGUCUUAUCACCCCUCCUGUACUUCCUUUUUUCUUAUUGAAUAUUUUCUUGUUUAUUUAAUUUCAAAAAAAAAAAUCAACACACUACAAGAAAAGGGACUUUUAUCUACUUCAGUCUAGCCACGGACAAAGAUCAUAGCUGAAAUACAGGUUAUUGCUACAGGCGCUUUAUGUCUGUAGCUAAAUUAAUUAUCUUAACUGUGUUUUAGCUACAGUCAUUAUGUCGAUAGUUAUAUAAUGUUUGUAACCAUGGGAUUGAUAUGUCUAUAGCUAUAUCAGACAUGCAAGUGUAUUGAAAAGGAUAUUGCCACAGCCAAUGCCAAUCUUAAAUGGCUGUAGGCCUGUAGCCACAUCCUACUGUGUUUAAAUGUGGUCACUGCACCCUAAAUUGACACUACAACAUUCUUGGUGCCUAACCAAAAUAUAUCCCCACCUCUCACCUCCAUCUCCCCCAAACCAUUUCCCCUUCUUCCAAUCAUCAUUGGCUGUUUCAUCUCUUUACCUCUCCUGAACACACCUCACAGGUUCAUGGCAGAUGAUCAGCACUGUCCAUUAGAAGCAUUACAUCAACUGCCAUUUCUCUUCCUUCUCAGGCCAAGGUUGCUGACACAAUCAUCAUCAUCAAACACAGCUCACAACAGACCAUCAGUACAGCCCAUAAGAUGCAUUACAGCCAUUGCCAUUGCCUCUUUUCAAUGUUAUAUUGUCUUUCAUCUCUUUCUAAUUUUCUAAAUAAUUUCCUUUCUCCCAUCUCCUUCAUAUCCCCAUACCAUAAAACCCUAACCAAUCGUCCUCCAUAGCCCUUGUUGAUACCAAUUGCAAUGGAACGAAGAGUCUCAGACCUUCACCUAUAUGUGCUGAUGUGGAGAUUUGUUCCAGUCACCAAAGAGGAGCUGAGAUUGGGAAAGAGAUCUCUAUGUAAGAAAAUCCUUAACCAUCUUUCUGUCCUGGGACAACCUACUGAUUCUGGUAUCACACAAACACCAAAUUCCCUAUAGUAUUGCUUGAGUUGACAGAAUCUAGCUGGAGAAACGGAAAGAGAGAGUAAGGCUUCUGGAGGGACUUAAAUGUCUGGUCGAGGAUAUUGAUCUUGAAUACAAGAUUCCAGUGCAAUCUUAUUUUGGUUUGAGGUGUAGUUUAGAUUGUCUAAUCUCGCCUGGAGAAAACAGGCAUUCUUGCAGAGUCCAUGAAGCAAACCUUCUGAAAGUUGAACAGAAGAUUGUCUAAUCAAAGUUGAAGCUUUGAUUUGGUUUGGUGGAGUAGUUGGAUUUAAUGAUGAAGAGCUAUGGCAGGUAGUUAAUUUUUUCUUUGGAAUUGAGUUCUUUCUGAUCACUGAUUUGAGUAAGGAAAUGAAGAAAAUCCAAGCAAUUUUAGUGGGUCAUGAGUUAGAAUCUAGAGUUCUGGAAUUCAAGCAUUUUAUAGGCAGCAGAGCUUGAUGGGCAGAGAGGGCUCAAGGAGUAGGUCAUGGCUGUGGUUAAUUGGAAGUGAAUGAAGAUGGUAGUGCAGAUCUGCAUUUCGAGGCAUUUCAGAUGAGUGACAUGUGCAUUCGACAGUUCAAAAUGGAUAGCUUGAGAUAGAUUAUGGAGAAAUAUUUCAUCACAAGUUCUCUCGGAUGAAGAAAAAUGUGAUGGCUGGAGUGAAGGACACCAAGGAAGUCGACAACGGUUCUUCUUGGUGGUGGCGAAUAUUAUAGAUCAUCAGAUCUAUUUUGGCAGUAAUUAAGAUUGCAUAUGACAGAUUGGGAUCGAUUCCAAUGUAAAUUUGAUUAGUACGGUACGGCCAGCUUGGGAGAACAUAUGAGAUUUCCACUCACCCAUUUCAUCUUUAAUCUUCUGUAUGAGCGCUUAAAUCGAUAUUGCGUGGAGAGGAAAGUCAGAACUUUUGGAAUAAAGUGCAGAGAUGGAGAUUGGGAGAAUAGAGAGGAUACUCACCCUGAAGGAAUUUCAGGGAUGCUCUUUGAACUGUUUACAAAUCAUUUGGAAACACACCAAAUAUCAGUCACAUGUUAAUAACGUAAAGUCCCAUUUAAAGCGACA